CGGACGUGCGUCACUGGCGGAAACGCUGUCAAACCGUUGCACGUGUCUGAUGGACCUGCAGAAAGAACACGUGCACCUUGUCCUGACUGGCUGACAAGCCUGUAACGGACCGGUGUCACCUCAGCACCGACGUACUCCGCACACUUUGGUACCGGUGCUAGCACGCAACACGAACCACGGCCUACGGGUGGGCGGUUAACUCACCGAGCGAGAGUCACCGCUCAGCAGCGGAAAGUUCCCGCCGCCCGCGCGCGCUUUGGACCCGGCUGCCACCCGAACGGCUCGUUGCGUUGAUCCAUUCACCGCUGAGGGGCACCAGUCGGGCGUCAUGGCGGACUACCUGAUCAGCGGCCAGACCGGCUACGUCCCGGACGACGGGCUGACGGGACAGCAGCUGUUCAACGGGGGAGACGGGCUCACGUACAAUGACUUUCUAAUUCUGCCGGGCUACAUCGACUUCACAGCAGAUCAAGUGGACUUGACCUCAGCGCUCACAAAGCAGAUCACCAUGAAAACGCCCUUCGUGUCCUCUCCCAUGGACACCGUCACUGAGGCCAACAUGGCCGUCGCUAUGGCACUAACGGGAGGCAUCGGCUUCAUCCAUCACAACUGCACCCCAGAGUUCCAGGCCAAUGAAGUCAGAAAAGUCAAGCGUUAUGAGCAGGGCUUCAUCACUGACCCUGUGGUGAUGAGCCCCAAUGAGCGCGUACGGGACGUCUUCCAGGCCAAAGCCCGCCACGGCUUCUGUGGCAUUCCCAUCACAGAUAAUGGGAAAAUGGGCGGCAAGUUGGUAGGCAUCAUCUCUUCCAGAGACAUUGAUUUCCUGAGGCCAGAGGACCACAAUCUUCCACUCAGCGAGGUGAUGACAAAGCGAGAAGAUCUAGUGGUGGCUCCUGCUGGAGUGACACUGAAAGAAGCGAAUGAAAUUCUCCAGAGGAGUAAGAAAGGUAAACUGCCCAUAGUGAAUGAAGAGGGAUCUCUGGUGUCCAUCAUCGCACGCACUGACCUGAAGAAGAACAGAGACUUCCCGCUGGCCUCCAAAGACUCACGAAAACAACUGCUGUGUGGUGCUGCCAUCGGCACGCACAACGAUGACAAGUAUCGACUGGACCUGCUGGUGCAGAGCGGGCUGGAUGUGGUCGUACUGGACUCGUCUCAGGGAAACUCGGUCUUCCAGAUCAACAUGAUCAAAUAUAUCAAAGAAAAGUAUCCCAGCCUACAGGUCAUCGGUGGCAACGUGGUGACUGCAGCUCAGGCCAAGAACCUGAUCGAUGCUGGCGCAGAUGCACUAAGAGUUGGGAUGGGCAGCGGCUCCAUCUGCAUCACGCAGGAAGCUCCCCUCAGUAUUCCACCAGCAAUAAAGCUCCACAGCCCCAAAACCCCAACCACUGUCACAGGAUACUCCAUGCUGGCGUGCGGCCGACCCCAGGCCACAGCGGUCUAUAAGGUUUCUGAGUACGCUCGGCGCUUCGGCGUGCCGGUCAUCGCCGACGGCGGCAUCCAGACUGUUGGACACGUGGCCAAGGCCCUGGCACUGGGAGCAUCCACAGUGAUGAUGGGCUCACUCCUGGCUGCCACUAGUGAAGCUCCCGGUGAAUAUUUCUUCUCUGAUGGCAUCAGGCUGAAGAAGUACCGCGGCAUGGGCUCCCUAGACGCUAUGGACAAAAACCUGGGCUCUCAGACGCGAUAUUUCAGUGAGUGCGACAAGAUCAAAGUUGCUCAGGGUGUUUCGGGAGCAGUGCAGGACAAAGGCUCCAUCCACAAGUUUGUUCCCUACCUGCUGGCUGGCAUUCAGCACUCCUGUCAGGACAUCGGGGCCAAGAGCCUCACACAGCUCAGAUCUAUGAUGUACUCUGGAGAUCUGAAAUUUGAAAAGAGAACGGCGUCGGCCCAAAUGGAGGGGGGCGUGCACAGCCUUCACAGUUACGAGAAGCGUCUGUUUUGAGACGAAGCCAGUCGCACAUGGAGAUUCCUUCCAACAGACACUACGCCAGGGCGUCUGUAUUCAUACUGUACACACGCACAAGUAACUACUUCAAAUUAGAAUUUAAGAAGAGGUUUCACACUGUUCCAAGGAGCCGUCAGUCUUCCUGUCAGGGCCAUCUAUGCAUUGUCUGUGAUUAGUUAAGCUGUGUGUGAAGGAGGGAAACCAAGCAUUUAUCAAUCAGUGCACGUGUGAUUGAGUCCUCCGAUGCCUUCCAUGUUGGUAAAAUGUUGUGUACUACUGUUUAUUUGAAAAAAACUAAUUGUCCUGUAAUAAAGCAGAUUUUUUCCACAA